AUGUAUCCAUAUCAGUCAUAUCAGCCGAUCAACCCGGUUCAGCCUUCACCCUACACCACGCACACCUCUCCUCAGCAACAUCCGAUUACCUCCCAGCCGUUGAUGCUGGCUCACCAGACCAGCAGUGCGCAAAUCCCGCACCAGCCUGCUCAGGCACCAGCAAGCGCCAUGACCAGCCCAAGUACCGCCACAACACAGCAGCACACCCCUCCACAAAGGGCAGUUCUGAACCCACCACUCCCUGCGUCAACCGGUGGCCCCCUUUCUGCGAACAGUAUCCAUCAUCAGAACUCGACCGUUGGAGCAAGUUCCAGUGCCGCACCGGGCCCGAUUCCAGCGACAACUCCACUUGUGGUACGGCAGGAUAGCAACGGAGUCCAGUGGAUUGCCUUCGAGUACUCUCGUGAUCGCGUAAAAAUGGAGUAUACCAUCCGUUGUGAUGUUGAGUCUGUUAACGUGGAUAACCUCAGCCAAGAGUUCAAGACAGAAAAUUGCGUCUACCCUCGAGCCUGCUGCAGCAAGGAUCAGUAUAGAGGUAACCGCUUGGUCUACGAGACCGAGUGCAAUGCUGUCGGCUGGGCCCUGGCGGAGCUCAAUCCCGCGCUGAGAGGCAAACGCGGGCUGAUUCAACGCGCCGUUGAUAGCUGGCGAAACAGCAACCAAGACCCUAGACUCCGAAGCCGACGCGUGAGGAGAAUGGCCAAGAUUAACAGAAGGCAAAACAUUCCACCCCCUCCGCCGAGUCAUAUGGCCACUGGACCGCCCGUUGGUCCCGCAAUGCCCGGGCCGCCUAGCAUGGCAGCGCCCGCCCCUCGCCCUCCUCCGCUGGGGCCUCUGCCCAUGGGUCCCCCACAACUACACCAUCAUCACGCGCAGCCCGAAGGAACUACAGGCAAUGAGGAAGUUAGCGGCACCACUGACUUCACGAACGGCGGCAAUCGCCCAGGUGGACCGGAAGUCCAUCCCUCAGUGGGACAUACACCAACCGACAUACGCAGCGCACAGGUGUUCCACGGCUACCCUGCAUUCCCUACCCCCGUGGAUGUCUCGAGAGGCCCUUCGAUCCCACCCCUUAUCCGAGACAGCGGCAUAGCAGCCCUCGGACGGCAUCCAACGAUCGCCACAUCAUCAAGCAAGCUUGGUCAGCUGGACGAGAAUGACGACGACGAGGAACAUGAUCCCAGCAACGACGCCCUAUUCGGGACGUUCCCCGAGGGCAAGCGCCGCAAAUUCAUACUGGUGGACGAUAAUCAGCGAGGAUGUCGUGUUCGGGUUAAGGUCAUGCUUGAUCAAGUCGAUAUGGAUGAGAUCCCUGAUUCAUAUCGGAACUCCAACGCAGUCUACCCCCGAACCUACUUCCCCGUGCAGAUGAAGAAUCCUCCCGGCCGCGUGGUGCCGGGAAGAAGAUACAUCAAGGACGACCCCGAGGUAGAGGACGAUGAGGAGAGCGCGACAGUGGGACGGGUCCUCGUGCCAACACCCCAGAUUGACGGAGAGAGUGACAUUGCCGUGCCCAAGCUUUCGCGGAGUCGCCACCAGAAGGAAGUGUUGUUGAAUGACUUGGGUUAUCGGAUGAGCUGGAGCCAAAGUCGGGUUUUUGCAGGGAGGAUGUUGUUCCUCCAGCGAUCUCUUGACGCGUAUCGCAAUAAAAUGCGCAGCACGAUGCUGGCGACGGGCCAGGAACAAUCAUCCAUCCCGCGACACUUCGAGACACGAGCCGGGAAACGACGAUUCCUGGAGCGGCCAAGACGGGCGGCAACUGUUUCGGGGCGGGGCAGCGGGGCGCAUCGGCUCUCUGCAUCGCAGCGUAGCGCCGAAGAAGUUGAAGCUUGA